GUAAUUUCUUAUAUUUAUGAUUUUUCGAGAUUCACUUUCGAUAUAUUCGGUUAUACAAAUUAUUACAUAUGAUUCACAUAAGCGUUAUAGCGUAGCGAUCGUUACCCAACAGUAAACGCGACCGAGAAAAAAAUUGGAGAUUAUAUAAAGCCCGGUUUAUUCGUAGCUUAGGAAAUCGGAAAAACUUUAUUCUUAUACGUCAAUCAUAAUCCAUAGGAAAUAUUUAUAUUUAUGUAGUAAUUAGCACACCAUACUUUACUCUUCUGGAUCUCAAACAAUGCAAGCAAUCUCUUUUUUUUAAUGAUUUCUACAGAAUCCAAAAUUAAAAAGACGGCCUUACCAGAAUCUCUCGCUUGAUUGGUCAAUAAUUUCUCAUUAUUGAUUGGUUAAUAUUUUGUCAGUACGAGAAAUUGUGUACACAGACGAUACUCGAAUUAAUAUUUUUUUAAAAAAAUUCACUAAAUUCUGAAUAAUAUCAUCUAUCCUCUAACAUUACGCGACGUCACGUGAUGUGAAUGAUUGGUCCACAUAUUUUUUAUCGUUUGGCUAAUCUCGAAAUUUCCUCCUUCAAAUCUCGCGAACCAUGACGGCGGAGGAAUUAUCCCUGAUUUCCAGGGAUUUUUUUAAAGUUUGCCGAUUCUUGGGAGAGGUUAUCAACAAAAAUGCUUUACCUCUGCUAUCGGGCUCAGUAUCCAUCUUGCUAGAUACCGUGUUGGCCUUGAAGGGACAAAUCGCGCAGGAUCCGCAUAGCUUGGGUGACAGUACGCUCGGACCUAGUCCCGCAAAAAAUCCUAUUGGGCUAUUCAAGUGCCUCUCCGCCUUCGUUAAGUGGUGCGACAAGAUUCAGUUUCAUCACGUGAUCGGUGGUCUAGAAAGUUGCGAAACCUUCGAUAACCUCCUAACCCAACAAACCCAAUUUUCAAUGGUGGAGAUGAACGAGGGUCUGAGACUGUUGCAUUGUUUGGAGACCGAAUUUAAAGAUUUGAUUGAAGGUUAUUUCAAUGAGAUUGAAUACACCUUCAAAGAUUCAAACCGAGCCUCAACUCUCUCAAAUAGUAGCGGUUUCGCCGACAGACUAACCUCGAUGGAGAGCGUCUCUAAAAUAAAUAGUCUAUCCAGCCCCGUGAAUAGGAACUCCCUUUCUUCUUACUCGUCCUCGAAUGAUGAUUGGUCAAUCGUUUCUCCCGUCAACCAUGUCUCGACCAAUCGUCGUAAUCAACCGAUAGACGAUAUGGCUCUCCCAUCGCCCAAUCCUAAUAUCCCUAUUUAUGCGAAGCAAGGCGAGCAAUUAAUCAAUAACGAUUUUGAUACUGUUAAUAAAAAUUCUUUGAUCUACAGGAAUUCGUUCUCGAAUCUUAAAGGCUACUUGAAUGGUUUUUCAAGUUAUCAGAAUGGUGGUUAUAAACCAAGGACCAACUUCGAGGGCUUAAAUCUUGAUUGCCGCUUAAUCGACAAUGACGCUACUACAACUAUCAACAGAGUUACGCCCACCAUCGACUAUGACAACUGGUCACCUUCUCAAAAGGAUAUUCGGUACAUCAAAAGAGACAGUGUCAAUCACGAAGACCCUGAUCUAGGUAAAGCGAAUUCCUUUAAAUUUACCGAAAAAUCUUGCGGGCAAAAUGAUUCGCCUUUUAAUUCACCUUUUAAUUCACCUCUUCGUCAAAAUAACACACUCGGCAAAGCCGAUUUUUCCGAUAAUCGGGUAUCGAAUGCUGGCAGCACCGGAACGAAUAAUACCGGGAUGAUUCCCGAGACCUUACCGACCUGGGUCAGGGAUUUGGUGGAAAAGGGGGAUACAUGGGGCAUAUUUGCCAAGCAACCCAAAAUUUUGAACCACUCUCACAGCUUUAGCAUUGUUAGCAAUGCUAGACCCGGCCCCCCUACGUUGAAUGAUAUUAAGGUAGUUAAAACUGACAGUUCCAGCCAUACGCAAAAUCAGUACGGCCAACAAAGUCCCGAUAAAUUUAAGAGAAGGAUGACAUCCAUCAAUAAAACUCCCGAAAGACAGGAAAGCUGCGAAGGGAAGAAUAGAAAGUCGGCUACGGAGAUAUCAAUAGCCAAUAGCGUGAAAGCAAUCAGUGUCAAGAAUUGUCAAAAUAUUGUGAAUCAAAAUGGCGACACAACAAACACUUUCAGUUUUAAUAUCCCCAAACCUGAUUACCUAGUUGUUUCCGAUUCCGGUAGCAAUCCCCUUCCCAGAAAUAUCCCGUUAAACUAUCAAACACCCGCCAAAUUUAAUUUCCGCGCACACGGUGACGCUCAAAAUAUUAGCGACCUGUCACUUUAUAAUCCGAGCUCAUCAUUUUCGAACACGAAUAUUAAUAAGAAGGGUACUAUCCAAUCUCUCGAUCAAUUCAUCAGUAAAACCGAAGUUUCGUCCAACAUCUCAGCUGAUACGAGCUUGCCUAAGAUAUCUCCACGCCAUGUGAUCGAGAAGGAACGUUUCCAGAGGGCACGGGCGGAUAAUAAUAAAAAUGAUUUCGAAACGAACGUAUUCGUUAAGGAAGAAGGGAGUAGAGGUCAUUUAAGGGCCGAGGCGAAAUUGGUGAGAAAAACCGUGCUCGAAAUUACGGUACCCGACAAUUGCGAUCCGGAAAAGAUCCUAAGCGACAUCCGUGCUAGAUUACAACAAGCACCUUACGAUAUCGGGCGCGUGACGGGAAAUCGCGAUUGUGGGAUCACCGUCGAUGAUGUGGCGAACACUGAUGGUAUCGGAAGAAGUAUUAAUGCGAACUCGGACAACUCGAAGCCCCGAAUCAACGACAGGACUCUGGAGAGGGAUGCCGUCAAUAAGCCCGGUACAUCGGUCGAUGGGAAGUGGGACGAAAAGUAUUUGGAGCAAUUGCUCAAAGAGAUGAAAUACAAAUUGAAAGACGAAAAUCGCCAAACUCUCAAGUCCGCGGCUCGUGACAAGACGCCUAAACCUAAGAACAAAUUUACCGCCGAUAAAGAAGUGAUUCAAAAAAUCACGCUCAAAUCCGUAAGUUCCCCGACGGCUCGAAUUUCCGCCAAGCAAAGGAACGAUAUAAAUGAAGUGAUAUCUAGCUUACCUUACCCUCAGCACAUGGUGAAAUCUUUAGGGGAGGAUUAUGAUCGCCUCGGUGAUGGGGGGACUAUACUUUCCUCCCGCGGGUAUACCGAAAAUCGCGAAGACGACAUUUAUCGCGCGGAGAAACCCGUAACCGGUAAAGACCAAAUUUAUCGUCUCCCGAUCGCGAAAAAUUUUGGUCGCGAGGACGUUAAAACUAACCGCGAGCGAGAUUUUGGCCGCGAACAAGAUUUUACCCUGAAAUCCCGCAAGGAUAGUAACAAUCACUUUCAAUUUCUCCCAAAGGAUGUCGAUUAUCGCCAAAGUAAUCGCGGAGAUCUUAACGGAAAUCGGGCCUUAAUUUCUUUCGAAAAUCAAUCCAAAAUCGAUGACGGAUCCGUGUAUCAACGAUACUUCCGCCAGAGGAGCGUCGUUUCUAACGACGGGAUAAAUUUGGACGAUAAAUUUAAAAAUGUGGCGACCUAUUUGCAAACCAUGGCUGAAUACUCCGUGCCGGAUCCUUCCAUGCUGUAUCGAGAAUCGACGGAAUACUUCAUCAGCGACAUACAGAAUCACUGGAACAAGAUUAGCCCGAACAAAUGCCCUCAACACCUUUUCGAGGAUAUGAUCGAAGAUUUUGGUUCCGGCAACGAUUACCUGUCUCAUUACGGGACCAACCUUCGAGACCCGAAUUCUCCGCCCCUGUCGACUCAUCGUCUUACGAUGACGGCAACGACGCCGCCCAAAUCCAAGUCCUUCCGGUUGGAAGGGAAGGAGAGAACGAUAUUCACGGCCAAAACGCCUAAAACAAAACUGAAUAUCGAACCGUCGAAUUACCCCAUUUCGUCUAACGAUCAUAGACAGGAUGAUCAUUACGACGUGUCAACGAUUUAUCAUCCUGCCAUCAAAAAAAUAGAAGAAAAAGAGUAUAACACCUCCGCCCAACCUUCUCUGGCCUCGUCCUCCUCUCCUACGUUCUCCGUAUCCCCCAGCCUUUCAAGUUCCGAUUCGAUCACCACCAACAUUCUGGACUUGCAACCCAAAGCCGAUUUAGUGUUCAAGAAAGAGGAUCUAAAAUUUAUCCCCGUCGACAGGGAGAUCGUUAAGAGCGGCACCCUGCCGGCUUUCCUGGUUUACGCUACUUGCCCUUUCAAAAACGAUUUUCUCUUCCAAGAAGCUUUUUUGGUCAUAUACCGCACAUUCGUGACUCCUCACCAUCUCAUAACUCUCCUCUUGUCUAGACUCGAUCAUUUCAUGUCCGUCCAAAAUGUCGCCCCCGUCAAUAAGAGAACCUUCAGAUGCACUUUCUCAUUUUUGUACAGGAUAUUGGACGAUGUCAGUCACUCGGAAUUGGUUGAAGCUCCGACUCCCUACCUCUAUCCACAAGGGCCCCUAUUAACUGCUCGCUUAAAUGAUAAGAUAAGCGAAUUGAUUGACUUCGGGGAAUUGAAAUUGGCUAAAAUACUCAGGGAUAAAUUGCGGGAACGGACGUCAAAAUUGCCUCCCGACUCUCUCAAUCGAUCGUUAUCCGACAACAACCUCGCGAAGGAUAACGCGGUCCCUCCCUUGUCAGAACCCAACCUCAACCAUCAAACCCCUCCUAUCUCGGUCUCUCAAUCCCUUAACAACGUGUUCGUCAACUCCUCGGGCACGAUUCUGGAUAAUCUCCCGGGAGAUAUCCUGAGCUUUAAAUGUAAGGACUUGGCCGAACAGAUGACCCUGCUCGAUUCCGAUUUAUUUAACCAGCUACCCAUCAAAGAAUGUUUGGUGUGGGCCCUCGAGCGUAACGAAGCGUUGACGCCCCAUUUAGCAGCGUUUACUAAGCAUUUCAAUGACGUAUCCUACUGGUAUCGCACGUACAUCCUAACCAGGCCGACCGAUUUGAUCCGCCACAAAACUUUCCGGAAGUGCCUUAAAAUCAUGAAGCACCUGGAACGGGAUUACGGAAAUUUUAACUCGAUUCUAGCUUUGCUUUCCGCUCUCGAUAGUUCACCCGUGACCCGAGUUCUCAAACCCGGUAAUACAUCGUUCUCCGAUAAAUGUGAUAGUCAGACAACCAAUCAUCAUGGCCAUAAUUCGCAUCAUACGCCUCAUCACGGGGAAGACAAGGGUGGAGGCGGUGCUGGUAGCGCCGGAUUUAGCGUGAGCGAGACCGAAGAAAUUGAAAGAUUUCGAUCUCUGAUAGACAGCGCGGGUUCUUUCAGAAAUUAUCGCAAAGCCUUAGCCUCAACUCAACCCCCCUGCAUUCCUUACAUUGGAUUGGUUUUGCAAGAUUUGACAUUUAUAGAUGUUGGGAAUCAAAAUUUUACCCCCGAUGGCCACAUAAAUUUUACCAAGUGUUGGCAAUUUUUUACCGUCCUCCAAAGUCUCAAACGAUAUCGAGAAAAAUCUUACAAGAUACUGCCGAACGCCAAAAUAUUGGAAUUUUUUGGCGGUUUUACGAACCACCUAUCCGAGGAAGAACUUUGGAAAAUGUCGGAAUCCAUUAAACCUAGAAAUCGUUAGUUCCAAAUUAUUCCGUUACGCCUCCGCGAUUUAUCAUGAUGCCAAGAUUUAUUUUAGUCCCUUUUUUUUAAAUAUAAUUAUUUCUUUUAUUUGCUCACCAAUCACGAGUAUUAAAUUUUUUUUUUUAAAAUAAUCUUCUCUCCAACAUUAAUUUGUCCUAUCACAGACAUCCAUCCUAAAACUCCAAAAAAUGUUUAUGAUUAUCGCAGAACUUAUUUUAUUUUAUCUUAAAUUUUCCAAUUUGCCCCAGUUCAUCAUAACCCCGUUUUCUUAUCAUUUGCAAAAUCGAAUUGAUAUUCUUGCAAGGACUUUAAUCUUUCCCAUUUUAUUUAUAAAAAAAAUAAAUAACCGAACAUUUGGGAGGUUAAGGGAAAUAAGGCUUUAUUUUUCGGAAAGGAAAUAUAGUUCUUUACAAGUAUUAAAUGAUAAAUCUCAUUAAUUUUUCUCGCGAUUUUGAUUGGACAUUGUAAAAUUAUUAUAUAUAUAUAUAAAUGAAUAUCUUUUAUAAUUUAAUCAAAAAAGCUAUUUUUUAUACACAUUUAAUAUAUUGAAAUUUAUAUAAUGUUAAUAUUUAUAAAUAUUAAUAGAAAUGGUGCAUUUAAUUGACACUAGCGGAAUUAGCCUUCUUUGACCCCCCCCCCCCCCUGUUUGCGUCAUUAUAAUAUUUUAUGUUUUGAAUAUAUAUAUACAUAAAUAUUAUAGUA